AUGAGUAGUUUAGAAAAAUUGAUAAUAAGUGGUAUACGUAGUUUUACUCCAGAUAGAAGAGAAGCAAUACAAUUUGAUCAUCCAAUAACUUUAAUAGUGGGCCCAAAUGGAUCAGGUAAAACGACAAUAAUUGAAUGUUUAAAAGUAUCAGUAACAGGGGAUUUACCUCCAAAUGUAAAGAGUGGGCAGAAUUUUGUGCAUGAUCCAAAGCUACGGGAUUCUCCAGAUACAAAAGGGCAAGUUAGAUUGAUAUUCCGUGACUCAAUUAAGAAUAAGAAAAUUCAAAUUGUGAGGUCAUUUCAAUUAUCUUAUAUUAAGAAUAAGAAAUUAGGUAUAAAUCAAUCAGAUCCUAUUAAAACUCAGUUUAGAGUUCUAGAAAGUGUUUUACAAACAAAAGAUGAUGAAACUGGAGAAAUAGCUAGCAUAAGUCAUAAAUGUGUCGAUAUUAAUAACCAAGUACCAAAGUUAUUUGGUAUUUCACCUGCCAUUAUUGAAAAUGUAAUUUUCUGUCAUCAAGAAGAUUCAAAUUGGCCUUUACAAGAUACAGCUAAGAUAAAAAAGAAAUUUGAUGAUUUAUUUGGGGCAACAAGAUUUAGUAAGUCACUAGAUACUUUUACUAAGUUAAAGAAUGAGUACAAAAAAAAAAAGAAGGAGAUGGCAUUAGAAAAUGAGCUAUUAAAGCAGAAAGUAACACUAUUAGAGGAUACUGAGAGAAAACGUGAAGAAUUUUCAAAGAGGAUAAGUGAUAUUACAGAACAAUAUGAUAUAUUAUUCAGAGAAUUAACAGGAUUAUCUGAAGUAGGAUACAAAAAUAGUGAGAAGAUUAAACGGAUAGAAUUUUUAUAUAAUGACUUAAAGAUAAAGAAGAGUAUUUCAGAUACUUACUAUAAUGAUAUUAAGAAUAUAAGACAUUCUGAUAAUAAUUUUAAUGAUAUAUGUGAGGAUAUGUUAAGUACCCCAUUAGACAAAUUAGAAUGUCAGAAAAUAUCAAAAACCCAAGAGCAUGAUAAACUAUCUAUUGAACUAAAGGAUAUUAAGAAAGAAACUGAAGAAUUAGAAUACAAUAUAAAGAACAUAAAAACUGAUAAGGAAGAUAAGAAUAGUUACACUAAGACUUAUAAUCAAGUUUUAGUAUUAAUUAGUGGAAUGUGCGAUUCACCAAUAAUAUCUGAACAUGAAGAAUUAUUAUAUUUUCUAAGAGAUUUACAAUAUCAAAUUGAAAAUAUUUGUAACGGGGAUGGAAUAUUUGAUUGGGACUCAGCUUUAACUUGGGUAGAGGGUUUACAAAUGGAUGAUUUAGAAGCUAUUAAUAUAGAGAUUGCAAUUUGCAAUGAAAAACUGAAGACAAAUAAUGAACAUAAGCAACAUAUAAUAAGUUGUCUUGAAGACCUGCGUGUAAUGGAAAGAGAUUAUGAACGAAAUUUGGAUCAACUUAAUCAUUAUAUCAAGGAUUAUAGUAACAUAAAUGAUGAAAUUGACAAAAUAGAAUCUGAGAUGAGUGAAUACAAAGAGAAUAUUCUAGAUAAUUUUCGUUCUUUGACUAAUAAACAGGAAGUUAAGCUAUCUGAUGAAGUCCCGGAAAUAUUUAGUGAUAUAUUUAAUAGUACAUUUGAAUUAGGGACUUUAGAUGGUGAGAUUGGAAUACUAGCAAACCUUGCUUUGCUAAAAGCGGAAAAUGAAGAUAUUGAAGCUAUCUUAUUAAGCAAAUUAGGAUCAUUUGAUACUAUAGAUAAGGUAAUAAAUUAUAAACAAAAUAUUUAUAAUGAAAAAAAAAGAUCAACAAUAUCUUUUUGGAAAGAGCUGGAUUACAAAUGGGAAUCUAAAACUAGAAAUAGUCUAUUUACUAGCAGAAAAGCUCAACUUGAAGCAGAAUAUAAUAUUUUAAAAAACAAACUCGAAACUUUUCCUAGUGAUAUGAUUGAAAAAAGAGACUUGAUAAACUCAAAACUUGAAUAUCUAAAGAAUACUAAGAUUAUGGAUAUAAAAACUGAACUGUCUCAAGAAGAAAUUAAUGAAAAAUCUCUGAAUGAACUUGCUCAGUCCUUAAAUUUAAGAAAAAACUCAGUUGAAAUUGAAAGAAAAAAUUUAAUAAGUGUAUUAAAGAAUCAAUUAUUAGAUAUUCAAGAAAAAUGCAAAUAUUUAUACUCAAAUCGUGAUAAGCUGAGUUCAACUUGUGAAGUUUUAAAUGAAGAGGAGAUUAUGAAAAAAGUCGAAUACUUGGGAAAUACUGAAAAAAUGAGAUAUCAAAAAAUGAUUGAUUGUAAAAAAGAAAUAGAGACACUUAAUAAAUGCAUCCAAUUAAAGCAUAAGCAGGAAAGUGUAAGUAUAAUGGAGACUAGUAUGGCUGAAAUUAUUAAUGAAAUCUAUAAGGAACUAAAUAAUGAGGGCCCAUUUGAUUUGACAUUACUACCCCAAGAAUCAGAUUCUCAAUUAUAUAUUGCAGACUAUAUGAAGAAAAUUGAAGUUUUAUUAGAAAAAGAAAGAGAAAAUUUAAGCAAUUUACAGAGAAACUUAGAAAAAUACAAGUGUAAUUUGUCUAAGUUAGAUGGAGAAAAAAAAGUAAAUAUGGACUGGUUGGAGAAAUGUAAAGAGGAUAUGAUAAGGUACUCACCUUUGGAAAAACUAUCAUAUGAAUAUAAGCAAAAUAUCUUUAAACUUAAUGUUAUAUCUAUAAUCGUAGAUGAUCUGGAAAAAUAUCAGUGGGCUCUUCAAAAGGCUCUUAUGAAGUUCCAUGCAACUAAAAUGAAGGAGAUAAAUAGGACAAUUAAAGAAUUGUGGAAAGUUACAUAUAAAGGGCGAGAUAUUGACUAUAUUGCUAUACGAAGCGAUGUUGAUAAUGAUCAAGAGGAUGAUGCAAAGUUAUCUGUAAGCAGUAAAAGUGUUUCUAGUACAAAAUCAUUUAAUUAUAGGGUUGUAAUGGUUCAAAAAGGAGUUGAACUUGACAUGAAAGGUCGUUGUUCUGCUGGUCAAAGAGUACUAGCAUGCAUACUUAUUCGAUUAGCUCUUGCAGAGUCAUUUUGUGUAAAUUGUGGUAUUUUGGCUUUAGAUGAACCUACUACAAAUCUUGAUAGAGAUAAUAUUGAAGGUUUAGCUAAUGCAUUAUCUUAUUUAAUAAAGUAUCGUAAAUCUCAACAAAAUUUCCAGCUUAUUCUAAUCACUCAUGACGAGGAAUUUGUUCGUAUUAUGGCACAUGCGCAACAUUGCAAUCAUUUUUAUAAAAUCGUUAAAGACGACGAUGGUUAUUCUACUAUUAGACAAGUUGAUAUCAGAGGAUUUUAA